AUGCUGUUGCUGUUGGGACUACUAGAAAUUCACUCAUCUUUUAGCCCAGUCCCAGGAACAUCCGGUCUUGAACUUCAACAGGAAACGGCAUUUGAUUCUGACAUUAAUCAUAUACCGUUUCCUAUAGAAGUUUUAUCUCCAGCACCACAAGGAAAAUUUAUUCAGGGUCAAGGAAAGAGAAAGCAAAAGAUAUGCAAUUCUCAUUUACUCUUAACUUCUACUCAUAAUAUGGACGAAGUUAAAGAAAAAUAUGCUCCGAAAAUUCCUCAUGAAAAGAAGAAGCGUCAAGCAACAAAGACUUUAUUCGAUGAGGUAUCAGACACCGAAGAUUACUAGCUUCAUUCUCGAUUCGUUGAUGACGACUAUGAUUGCGCAUGCAUUUAUUGUAACGAUUUAUUUUCACGUUCUAAGCCUGGCGAAGACUGGUUAAA